UUCACCAUCACCUACUUUCUUUCCUCUCCUAUAAAUAAAUUUCCAACCAUCAUGCAUAGCCCUACCAAAAACCACAAAACACAACACAAAUUCAAAUCUCUUGGCUACCAAAAACGGUUACCAGCCAUGAGAAAUAAUGGCUACUACCUCGUCUUCGUCCUCGUUUCCCUCCUCUCUACUUGUCUCUCCAGCAUGGCUGCUUCUCUUGGCGGCUACUGGACGGCCUUGAAAGACGUUAAUAACUAUCCACAUGUAACUGAGCUUGCAGAAUUUGCGGUGACAGAGUACAACAAGCAAUCUGAGAAGAACCUCAAGCUGGUUAAACUUUUGAAGGGCGAUAUGCAGGUUGUUGCCGGAUUCAACUACCGCUUCGUGUUGGAGGCCAAAGAUGAAUCUGGAUCCAGUAAUUUUGAGGCUGUUGUGUGGGAGAAGACAUGGGAUCAUUUCAAGAGUCUCACUUCCUUCACACCUCUUUCUUAACAUCAAAUGAUAUUUGUAUAUAUUGUAUUGGACUUUUAUUGUCUUUUAGACUA